AUGAUAUUUCAUAAAAACUUUUUUUGGCCUAUUUUGUUUGGCCUAUUUUUUUUUACCUAUUUUUUUGACUGUUUGUUUUUGGCUGAUUUGCUUAGCCUAUUUUUUUUGGCCUAUUUUUUUUGGACUAUUUUUUUUGCCUAUUUUUUUAGCCUAUUUUUUUGGCCUAUCUUUUUUGGCCUAUUUGCUUUUAUCUAUUUUUUGCCUAUUAUUUUGUUGGCAUAUUUUUUUGUUGGCCUAUUUUUUUUGUUGGCCUAUAUUUUUCCUUUGGUCCAUUUGCUUUGGAAAUGAUUACAUGCAAAACAAAUAGGCCCAAUAAAUAGUCCAAAAAAAAUAGGCUAA